GAAUUUUUGGCUUUUGCCGCCUUAAUAUGAGCGAGAGACGAGAACGAGAGUUUAGACUUAAGUAGAUUCCGGAUAUAAUAUUUUAUCAUAAUGUUUUUCGAUUUUUAAUUUAAUUUUUGUUGCAACCAAAUUGCGAUAUUCCUACCUACUUUAGUUUUUAUAACUAAUAAUUCUAUGCGUUUCCGGCAUGAGUUCACUGUUUUUUUCGAUGUGUGUGACUUAUGUUACAUGAGAUACAUAUUGCAAGAAUUAAGUUUUACAAUCUAAAUUCUCACCUUGAUUACUUUAUUUAACAAAAAAUAUAUUUGUAUCUAUAUACUGAAAAUGACUACAAGAAGUUCAAAGAAGACAUUACCACCUACUGAUAGUCCUAUGAAUAAAAGACGUAAAGAAGAAUCAUGGAUGAUGAUAAGUAAAGAAUCCCUCUUGUUACAGAACAAUGCUUUUACUAUAAUAACACUUCCACACCCUGGCCAUGGAAAUCCAGUUAUGUUUUGUUUGGAUGAUUAUAAUAAAAAAAUGCAUGAAAUUAUUACAUUUAAUGAGGCAUACAGAUCUUGGUUUAUUAAUAACAGUGUGAAAUCUGAUGGAAGUCUGAUAAUAGCUACACCUUUUAAUCCAAUUUAUUUAGUGCUACCUCGGUUGAAAGAACAAUGCUGUAGUAGAGCUGUACCAUUAGAAGAUUUGCUAUCAGAGAAGGGUUAUGAUAAAAUUGUUAAUUUCAUUGAUAAUUUGAAUGAUGUUGCAGAUUUAAAGGGCCCAGCAGAACUAAAAGCUUACAAAUACAAUGAAGAUAAAACUAUUGCCUGGCUUGAAACAAGAAUACAUAGAUUAGCUAGAGCAUUGAAAAACAAAAAUAUUCAUGUAACAUCUGGUGCUAAGUCCUCUACAUUUGUAUCAAGUAAUCUAUGUAACGAUGACGUUGAUUAUGAGUUUUUUCUAAAAUAUGCGCAUGGAAUAAUAUCAGAGUACCUUCAGGAUGACUUAGUUGCUUUGUUAGAGAAAAAAUUUAAUUUUAAGGAGGAACUUAUAGAAGUUAUUGGAAAGAAACGAAAAUCGGAGGCGACAGACAUAUUGGGAGAUAGCAAGAGAGUGAAAAGUGAAGUUUUAGACGACAUUACACCAACAUCAAAUUCUAGUACUUUUACUGAAGUUAAGGUAAAAAAGACUACAGCUAAGGAAAAGGCGCGCCAAAAAGCAGCGAGCGGAACGAAAACAAUAUCAUCGUUUUUCACGAAAAAAUAAUUUUGUUUGGUGUUCCAAUUUACAAAACCUCAAUAAUAAUAUCGUCUAAAAUA